AUGGAUUUGGGCAACGUUGAACGAAAUGCAUGUGCUGUUGGUGUGCGAUUUUUCUCGGAAGAAGGCAAGGAACUGAGUGAGGCUGCGAUUGUGUUACCGCUUUCGACAACAGCAGCUCAACUACAGACUUUGUGCAAUAAAUUGCUGGACAGCUCGGAUGAUCCAAUUCCAGUGACGUUUCGGACCAUGAGU